AUGCACCGCUGGAGCCCCCACUGUGCGCUGGGCUGGCUGCAGGCUGAGCUGGAGGAAGCCGAGCAGGAGGCUGAGGAACAGAUGGAGCAGCUGCUGCUGGGCGAGCAGAGCCUGGAGGCCUUCCUGCCCGCCUUCCAGCGCGGCCGCGCCCUGGCCCACCUGAGGCGUACCCAGGCGGAGAAGCUGCAGGAGCUGCUGCGGCGUCGGGAGCGCUCUGCCAGCCGGCCCCUGCGGCUGCGGACCCGCCCAAGCCCUUCCCGGCCGCCGCCGUCCUGCCCACUGGGGCCGCCCGCGGGCCGCCGGCAGUGCCCCGGAGCCUGCCCCCCUUGGACUCCCGCCCAGUGCCCCCGCUGAAGGGCUCCCCCGGGUGCCCCCUCGGCCCGGCGCCUUUGCUGAGCCCACGGCCCUCGCAGCCAGAGCCGCCCCACCGGUAGGACCCUGGGUGCCGCCCCCCGUGGGGGUGCCUAGACAAACUUGAUGGUGGCUCCUCCUCCCCCCCACUGCCUGGGUGGGGGGAGGGGCUGGCCCCUCCCCCUGGCCUCAGGCAGGCCCUGGCCCUGGAGGCUGAGCUGGGGAGCAGGGUCCCUGAAGAUGCCCGAGAGGGCUGGGGGUGGGGUGGGCAGGGUCUUAUGCCUCUGGCGCUGCGGACAUGCUGCCUGUGUUGUCUCCCGGGCUGGGGUCUCCGGUGUGAUGGCCCGACAAAGAACUUUGCUCACCGCGGGGCCUGGGCAGCUGCCAGCACCCCGGGGCCCUGCCCAGGGCCUGUGUCCCUGCGCUCCGCUGGGUCGCACGAUGCCGAGGCCGACAGGAGUGUUUUACACCAGGUCCUGAGCCUGCCUUUCCUGUUCUGGGGCCUACCGCCUAGGAGCCAGGUGGUUGGGCCCUAGCUGUGGCCAGAGACACCAUGGCCCGGGGGCUGCUGUGUGCCGCUCAAGCCCCGGUCCCUGGGGCAAGGUAGGCCAGGGGUAUCGACCUGCACCGGUGAGAGCAGGCCAUCCCCAGGAAAGACCAUUCUGUAUUUUUCUGUCCCUGUCUCCUUAGAAUGGAACCUUUUUGAGGGCAGGUCCUUGUCUUUGUAUGUUCUGUCCCCAGCCCCGCCUCCUAGGGGCCGUCAAUAAAUGUGAUGAUGAGGCUGA